GCUAAUGUCAUGCUAGGUGGCUAACAUGAAGACAACAGUGACUGGCUCUCCAACUCCACCGCUCCUCUGUCACUCACUGGGCUUGCAGCUCGUUCACCCUCUCACGGCCCACCUGACCUCGCCGCCCAGUGUUGAGGUGUAGCCCGGACCGCUCCGGUCCAGGGCUGAUAGAAGAGAAACAUGACCUUGAAGAGGUCAAACGGGGGUCAGCUCAUAGCCCAGUGGAGUGAAGUGCUACUGUGUCCGUGUGAUUCCAUCUCCAGUCCAGACACGACGAUCACUACGAGGACCACACGGAUCUCUACGGACGACACACUGAUUUAACUUCACAUUUCAGAAAGUCAGGUACACGGUGAUUGGCUUUUGUCCUCCUGUGUGUGAGUGAGUUGUACUUCUAUCUUUGUGAGGCCAUUUUGGCUAGUCUUCGCUUCAUUAACCCCCAUUUUGAGGAUGAAGAGGUGAAAAUAACCAGGUGAUCCUGACUGGGUUCCAGUUUGGUUGAGGUUAGCCAUGUGUUUAGGGGGAGAGGCUGGGGAAAGGGUGAUGGCCAUGAGAGGGCCUCACAAGGACAGAGAGACAGGCGCGGGCGCGCGCGUGUGUGUGUGUGCGUGCUGGUCCGGGCCAGCUAAGCGUGUCCACAGCAGCUGGACUUGUGCUUCUGAGACUCAAUGUAGUCGUGGAUCUUGAACUUUGGGUCGCUGGGCUGCUGCAUGGCUCGGUGCUUCAGCUCCCUGAGGAGGAGGAGGAGGGUUAGAAGGUUCCUCAGCCAGAUGAGUGAGUCACGGGCCAGAAGUCAGAACAGCUUCAGUCAUCACAAGCAACUGGAGGUGACGGUGAUGAUGAUGAUGAUGAGACGGCUGAAGUGAGGCGAGGAGAGGAGAGCAGGCUCACACGCAAGUGAGGGUGGAGGGAUCAGUCAAUAUGAGCGGAUGAAUAACAUGUAUGUGAACACAUGAACUGGUGAGUGAGAUGGAUGAUGGGGCCCUGCCGCAGAUGAACACAUGAAGCGGUAACAUGCAGCAUUAGCCGGCUGGAUGGAUGAACCCAGUUGCAGGGCCUACAGUGCCCCCUGCAGCACGCUCCAGAGAACAACAACACAAGAGUGAGUGGGCAGAGAGAAGGACGGAGAGCUGGGCUCCAUCUCAGACCUCAGGUCCCAGCACAGGCCCAACACUGACUCACAAGUGAAAGGUCAGAGGGUGAAGGUGCAGGACAUGAUGUCCGGCACAAAGCUGACUGGAUCCAUCACCAGUCUGGAUGGUGCACAGUCAAUUCUGCUGUGUUGCAGUCAAAAUUAGGGACGGACAACUGAGGAGGUUGAUGAUGGAGGUGACCUCUGAUGGGCGUGGCCAAAGAGGAGGGGAGAAGAUCAUAGCAGCACUGGUGUGUUCGUGUGUGUGUGUGCACAGUGAGAAGACACUGAUCAUGAUGCCAGGCAGUGGAGUGAGGGCGGACUCACUUGGCGACGGCGAGAAAGGCCAGCUCCACAUUCACUCCCGACUUGGCACUGGUCUCCAUGAAGGGAACACCGUACUCCUGGGGAGCAGGAAGAGGUCAGUGACUCGAAGGCCAAGGCAGUGCAGGGCCUACCUUGGCCAGCUUCUCCCCGUCCUCCGUCUUCACUACCCGCUCCGCCGCCAUGUCUGCCUGAAGGACAGCAGCAGCAAUGAGAUCAGAGCAGGUGCUCCACCAGAGGGAGAACACCUGAGCAGGACACUCCUCACCUUGUUGCCCAGCAACAUGAUGACCACAUCCUUCUGGGCGUACUCGUGUAUUUCGGUCAGCCAAGCCUUGGAAAGCAAACAAGAGUGUUGAGCAGCUGCUCUCCCCGGUGACGCGGCGCCUCCCACAGGAGAGCCAGCUCCUACCCUGAUGUUGUCGAAGGACGGCUUGCUGGUGAUGUCGUACAGCAGGAGCAGCGCUGUAGUCCAGGCAGAGACGUUCAUUUGCACAUGGGCUGUGAGGCGCACUCACACACACCUACACACAACAAGAUCUCCAGGCCCAGGCUCGCCCCGCCCACACUCAGCAGCAGCAGCAGGAAGUCAGCUUACCCUGGGCAUCUCUGUAGUAGGCGUGUGUGACGCUGCGGAACCUCUCCUGGCCUGCCGUGUCCCAGAUCUGCGGGGCCACACACACAAGGACAGGCUGGGUCAAGCUCAGGAACUGGAGCGGUGGUUGUCAUGACGAUACAAGGACGGCGAAGGACAGGUGAAGUGGCGCCCCACGAAAUGAUCCACAGACUCUCCCCAGUCUGCAGGACUGGUGCUCAGGUUUGGUGGGAGGCGGAGCUACAGGAGGUUAGCUUCUGAUGAGGGAGACACCUGCAGAACUUUCUUCUCACCUGCAGUUUGACUUUCAGAUUGUCCACGUCCACCACUUUAUUCUGUGGAGGAGAGCAGAGCAUGAGAGCGAGCAGCUGGCAGGGCUGCAGCUGCGAACGGGACUGAGACUUCAUUACACAACCCUGAGCGUGGACCAGCAGAACUACUACACCCACGUUCAUUUCCGGCUGCAGCGUCAGGGCGCCCUUGAUUUCCUGUGGAGCACAGAUCUGCCCAAUAUAGUUGGAGGUACUGCAGCUCACAAGUUAGUCUCGAACUGCCGGAGGAAGCCACAGACGUGAUGGUGUAAACAGGAAGCUGUGAUGAGACGCGCUCGUGGACACGCGCGACACUGAGCUGGACAGGCUGCAGAAGCAGAUAGGCUCGAGGACACGAGCACCACUAAAAAUAAAAGGAUACCAUGAUGUAGAGGGAGGACACCCCGCCUCCCCCCGCUGAUGCCCAGCUGAGACUCGCCCUGUAAAUGGGUCACACAGGCACAGGAGCUUUGACUCUUUCAUCAGGCCUGUUGUGUGGCAGCGUUUCGCAGCCGUAAAAGCAACAACUUCCUGUGCGUGAGUGAUUGGUCACCACCUUCCCGCUCAUGAGCCAGGAAGGAAGGAAGCGCUGCCACCUGCUGGAGCUCCGCUGCAGCCCUGCAUUAGUUGCCAUGGCUUUCUGUUUCCCCCCCAAUUAUGACGUGAGAGGAGCUGCCUGCUGAGCGACUGCCAUGAGGAAGCACAGCUGAAAAUAGCUCGGCCAUGUUCCGCGCUGCUUCUGCAAGAACACAGGAGCAGCUCAGCAGAAGUGCUCCAGCUACACGCCAGGGUUCAGCCCCAUGUGGAAAUCAGGGCCGACAUCAGGGUGUCUGCUCAGGAGUCGGCACAUCCACCACACUGUGCAGGUUAGGCUUCAUUCAUUCAUUUUCACACAUGCUUCCACUUCCUCCACCAUAUUUGAUGGUUUGUUGAAACAGCUAGAGAAAGCGAAAAUCCAGUUCCACCAAAUAUGUGCACCGCGAUGUAGCACCAUGCUAACAUGAAGUGCAGAGGUUAGCACCAGCGCCGUGGCAGCAGCAGUGAGGCGCCGGAAGGAAGAGUCACGGUGCUGACAUUGGCAAAGCUCUUGGGUGGUGGUGUGGUUGAGGGGACGCUCUGACGUCAGCUCACACACUGCUAGUUGGUCAAUGUAAGAACACGCCGCUGCAUCAACAGCACUGAGACAGACAAGUGCUGCUCAUGGAGGGGCUGAUCCGGUGGAAGGGAGCAGACAUACAUGACACCUCGUAUGAGUUGCUAUACUGUGACAAUAGGUAGCUGACUGGUUUAUCUGUCACUGUGGGGACCAAUACUGAACAAAACACUUUUAAGUUAAGCCUCAAUUUGGGGAUGAAAAUGUCAAAAUAACUGGGUGAUUCUAACUGGGUUCCAGUGUGGUCCAGAGUCCUGGUUCAGGUGAGCCGUGUGUAGGGGGAGAGGCUAGGGAAAGGUGAUGGCCAGGAGAGGUCCCCACAAGGAGAGAGAGAGAGAGACAGACGUGUGUGUGUGUGUGUGUGUGUGUGUGUGUGUGUGUGUUGGUUUUUGUGGUUUACAAGGACUUUUGGCCUGACUUUUCACCUACAGCACGGGGACCCAGGUGAUCUACAGGGACUUACCCAAAGUCCCCGUAAAUCGAGCAAUAUAUUCAUGUUCAGGAGGCUCUAAAAUACCCCCUCUCUCUUUUUUAGCCAAAGACCCUAUAGGUCACUUCACCUGUUUUUUUGUGUAUAAUUGUGUAUGUCACUGCGCCCCUGGUUACUCUUGUGGUACUGCACCUUCAUACACAUUUCUGAUACACACGGUUGAAAAUGGCGGGCCUUUUUCUGAUUGGUUAAUGAAAAAGUGGGCGGGCUGAGGAUUUAGGGGGACCGUAUACACGCGCCCCUUUAACUGCCUGGAAGCACGUGACAGCUGGAGGAGACCGUCUCUCGAUCAGGUAAGACCGUAUUUAUUGACGUUCAUUAAGGCUGUCUGACCUGGCGAACACUGUGAUAGCCUGUCAGUGCACUUAUGACUUUUACCACAGUUCAUUGAAGAAACCACGCGGUGCGGCGCAUUUUUAGAUUAGAUUAGAUGAGUUUAGAUGCGGGUGCAAAUACGCAUGUGCGAUGCUCUCGUUUCGACGUUAUUAAAUGGCGACUCAUGUCGCUACAUUAGGGCUUUCAAUUAACGACUGAAUACCGUCAGAGUGGAGUGUCUCACUGAACAGAACGGACUUCACGGCGGUUGACGAUGAAUAAUACGAAGUACAUGACACGCGGUUAGUUUUGUUGGAUCUCCUGACGGGAAUCCACGUCAGAACCGAGACUCCCAUCGGCAGUGAAUGCGGGGAACGGCGCACGCGCGCUGAUGCGCAUUGUUUAUGUUUCAAAGUUAAACUCGAUUGAAAAUCUUUGAACGAUGUUUAGAAAUUUCGCCGAAGUUCUUUCACUUUCUCGACGUAUUUCUUGUAUGAACGAUCAUCUCAACUGUAACUCAACUUGAUUAUUGAAAUGUUCUGUCUCCUGUGAGAAGUGAUAACUAAUAAAUAAAUAAUAAAUAAUCAUAAAUAAUGACCGUUGAUUUGGUCUGACUUCCUGGGAAGGUUUCAGAGCAGCUAAUGAACGUAGAUUUUCAAAAUAACGGGAAAAGAACAAGUCAUAGAGCAAAUGACUGCUCAUACUAUUUUAGGUUAUUAAUACGGGGCUGUUGUUCGGCUUGUUUUCAAUCAAGUGUAGCUGAUACACUCAUAAUGCAUGUCCAAAAGAACAGAUGAAGUCUUGUCCUCUCUUUCAGGCAUAUUCCACUUAAGAAAAAAAGAAGAAUAGAACCAUGAAAAUCAAAUGAGUCCUGUCGACAACCCACCGAGACAGCAGUGUGACGUGCAUCAGGUUGUCUGUGCCACUGUAUCCAGUCUGGAGAAGUGUGCUGCCUGUGUGGGGCCUGUUGCAGCCUUCAAGUGGCAGGGAUACCAAUGCAAAACUUGUUUAAACGUCUGGCAUAAAAUAUGCCUCAGACGAACAAAGACAGACUUCGUCCAUGUGUCAGAGGUACAGUUUGAUGAUGGUUCUGUAGAUGAGCAGUUGCCAGGCAAUGGACCACCACAAAACAUAUCUGAGGAUGACACCGGUCAGUCUGAUGCAGACUUUGUGCCAGACUCUGCAGAAGAAUCUGAAGAUGACAUUCCAGUCAUUUCACCAGCGAAGAAAUUUAAAAAAACAUUUGCAGAACUAGUUAAUGACCUCAUCGGAACAGAUGAGAGCACCUCAGAUAGGCCCGGGUCCUCUAAAGAUCUGUUGCCUCCUGAAGACCCUGACAGUCCACCACCGAGACCAAACCUGAGUGAAGAAGUGAGUGGAGCAGAGCAUCAAGUGGAAGAAACGACUGCAGCGACGCUAAGUUCUAAAAACUCCUGCUUCAUUUGUGGAAAGUCUGUGAGAAAGAUGGCCCGUCAUCUGCAAACCCACUCAAGCAACUUAGAAGUUUCACAUGCUUUUUCAUUUCCCCCACACUCAAAAGAACGUAAAAAAGUAUUGGACAUGUUGAGGAACAGGGGCAACUUCCAACACAACACAGAGGUUCUACAAACUGGGAAGGGAGAGCUGAAAAUCAAAAGAAAGCCAGAUGGUGACCCAGUGAGAGAAAAAUUUAUCCACUGCAUCUAUUGCCAAGGCAUGUUUGUUCGGAAACAUCUGUGGAGACAUGUAAAGCGAUGUGCCCGUAAGCCAGAGGAUGAAGAACAACGGCCUGGGAGAAGACGAGUACUCGGUACUGCUGCCUCGCUGGAGUCUGCAUCCCAGCAACAGGUCUCCACUGGAGUAUGGAAGCUGUUAACUGCCAUGAACCAGGAUGAGGUCGCCUCAGUUGUGCGUAACGACUUGACCAUCGUUCAGUUCGCACAAUCCCUGGUCAACAAACAUGGACAAGACGCAACAAAAAAUGAAUACAUGAGGCAAAAACUCAGAGAAGUUGGCCGUCUGCUGCUGUGCCUACAGAAGGACUUCUCGGUGGCAAACAUGGAGGACGCCGUAAAACCACCAAACUUCCCAAAGGUUCUCAACGCAGUGAAAAAAGUAUCUGGGUAUCAGGAGCAAAACAACACAUACAGCACACCGAGUCUUGCGUUAAAAUUAGGACACACACUACACAAAAUUGCAGAUAUCGUUCAUUGCAGGGCUCUUGUGGCAGAAGACGAAGCGCUAAUGAAGUCCACUGAUAUGUUCAAGAAGCUGUACACCUCAAAGUGGUCUGAGGUCAUCUCACAUGGGGCCUUGACUACUUUAAGUGAUGCCAAGUACAAUAAGCCCUCCACUUUGCCCUUCACAGAAGAUGUCAAGUUGCUUCAUGGCUACUUGGAAAGGAAUGUGUCAACUGGUGUCAGUAAACUGAAAGAGGUGGCCUCCUGCCAGCACUACAGUGCACUUGCACAGAUCUUGCUGGCCCAAAUCAUCGUCUUCAACCGAAGACGUGCAGGGGAGGUCUCAAAGAUGCUGGUAGAGAGUUUUGAGAGUCGGGAUGAUCAUGAACUGCAUGAGGAUGUGGCACUGGGUUUGUCCAAGCUUGAACAGAGGCUCUGUAGCUACUUCUCCAGAGUGGAGAUCAAAGGGAAACGGGGUCGAAAGGUGGCAGUCCUCCUGACACCAAAAAUGGUCGAUGGCCUUUCUCUGCUUGUGAGCAAACGAGUAGAGUGCCACGUUUGUGCCUCAAAUGCAUUUCUGUUUGCCCGACCGAAAGCCAUGAGCCACUACCGUGGGCAAGAUGCACUCCGUGUUUGUGCUAAUCUAUGUGGCGCGAAGCACCCAGAGCACCUGAGAUCGACUCAGCUCAGGAAGCAUGUGGCGACACUCUCUCAAGUGCUCAACUUGAAACACAACGAACUGGAUCAAGUUGCCGAUUUCCUGGGUCAUGACAUCCGUGUGCACCGUGACUUCUACAGGCUGCCCGUGCCGACAACUCAGCUGGCCAAGAUUUCCAAGUUGCUGCUCACUCUAGAGAAGGGAACGCUGUCCAAGAUUCAAGGCAAGAGUCUGGAUGACAUUGAAAUCCAAGAUGAACUAGACACCAGUGACACCGAGGAGAUGGACGGUGGCAGUGACUCUGGUGAUGAGGCAGAAGUGUCCGGUUCAGGAAGCAGCACCAGCAAAUGCAUGGAUGCUGCGCCAGAGUGUUCAGCCACAGAACAAGUUGGCGACACAGAGGACUUCAAUGAAGCACUGGCUCCAGUGACAUCCAGUGUACAAGGGCCAACCCCUGUGUGUGGAGAACCCGACUCUGCUGCGGAACCAGACUCCGCUCAAACAAGGUCCAGACGGGUGAAGAAGAAGCCCUGGUCAAAGACUGAGGUGGCAGCAGUCAUGCGUCACUUCAGGAAACACAUUGAAGCCGGGAAACUGGCCGGUAAAGAUGAAUGCAGCCAGUGCAAACUGGCAGAGGCCCCACUGUUGGACCACCGGUCGGUUCAAAACAUCCGGGACUUCGUGAGAAACAGAGGGGUGACUGCAAAGAGGCAGGCCAAGAAAAAAUAACACCUUCAUUGGAUAUGUUCAUGCACUUACCUGCUUUGGGUUUUGUUCUUAGGACCAGUUCAAGGUCAUAAGUGGCUGCAGGUUUUCGUUCCAACCCAUCAAGCACACACAGGUGAACCAAUCAGGCUGAUGACAGUCCUCUGACAGGUGAAGCCAUGUGUGCCAGGUGGGUUGGAACAAAAACCUGCAGCCCUUCAGGACCAGUUUGGACUCCCCUCUCAUAAGCUGUGUUGUAAGCACUCAUACACUCAUACAUCAAUGUUCUGCUCACAAUCACAUGACAGGACUGAAAUGUGAUGGUGAGGACAUGGAUCUGUGUUCGCUGUUCAGUUCCAGCCCCGGUGCUGCAUUAAAACAAAUGUCCCUCUAAGUCCUUAACUUGUGUGUAUUUUAUGUAAAUUAGAGGCGGGGUUUAGUUGAACUUUAAAGUCCUCAUAUUGCUGUUUAGGGUCCCCCUAAUGUACGUCCUCUAAAGCCACAACCCCAUCAGGUGGCUGUGUAUCAGCCUGUGAAGAGUGUAUCCGAACACCAGUGGGAGCAGAAUUUUUGUUAGAUUUUUAGAAGCUGUUCUGUCAUUGGCUGAGAGCUGUAGCACCUCAGGAAAGGGUAGUCCCCUUAAACCACCACUGGGCCUGUUUGGAGAAAAUGUCCUUCUGAAUCACAAAAACGCGUAUGUGUGUGUGUGUGUGUGUGUGUGUGUGUGUGUUAGAGAGUCCUCUAGGCCUGAGCUGCAGCCAAUCUCUCCAGGAGCUGAAGAACGUGGGCAGACAGGACACUUGAGAGCAGUGGAGUGAUCAGUCAGAGGAUGGGCACAUUUGGUGCCGUCGUCAGCGGCAGAUCAAGUGAGCGGCGAGAGAGCGAGGCGAUAAUUGGCCUGGUGUUACUUCCACUUGUAAGAAGAAGGUGGCAGAAAACAAGCGACAGCAGGAAGAACGAAGGACGGGAUGAUUCACCCCCUCACCCUGAAGUCGAUCCCCACCGUGGCGAUGAAGUUGCCGCUCAGAAAGGCUCCGUCCUUGAAGCGCACCAGGACGCAGGUCUUCCCCACGGCCGAGUCGCCCAGCAGCAUCACCUGCGGGGGAGGAGGGGUGCCAGGUUAGCCAUCAGCACACAGCGCCACCUUGAUGUGAGGUCCAUAAGAACCUGCCCUUUGAGCCCUGGCUGAGGCCAGUCACUUUGUCAGAGUUGAACAUCACAUGACCGCCAGCCUUAGUUACAGAGCUCGUUUCAGUGGAGAUAUUUAGGAUCAUAGAUGGGAGGAGCAGCAGGGAGGAGACCACUGAAGAACAGUGAGACACGUCCAUCAGAGGGACAUGAGCAAGAUGGAGACCAAGUUCGGAAGGACUUGAGGAAAAGAGUAGAGAAGACAGAGUUGGACCAAGAAGGUUGGAGAUGGUGGAGAGGAGGACCACAGUGAGGAGAAGGUGGACGGACCUGCUGCUCAUCUGCUGAUGGGAAUCUACAACAGCUCCACCCUCCAUGGCUUCCUUCCUCUCAAUGGCAUUUUCAUCAGCAGUGUGUGAGCUGACGUCAGAACUUCUCUUUCCAACACAAGAUGUCUCGGCAUGAACCCGGUUCACUGAGAGGUGACCUCUCCCGACACCCGGAAUGUGACGUCACGCCGGAGCGAGAAGCACUAGCGCGCUUGGACGGCGAGAGGCGCGUGCGCCACGUCCAGCUGAUAAGCCCCUGAGAAAGUGAGCAGGUGGGAGCAGCUCCUCCGGCUGAGGUCAGCGCGGCGCCCGCGGUGACUCACAGCCACAACACCGUCAGAUUCAACUUGCCCGAGCAACAAGUCCACCCUCAGCAAACAUGAGGGCGGAUGAGCAUCGCAGC